AUGGUCAAGCUAUGGAAGCUCCUCCUGCAGAACCCCGGCAGAUCGUGUCGGUUUCUCUACACUUUCACCGUCCAAAUGCUUCUGAUUGGGCUGCGCGCGAUUCUCUUACCCGGCUUGCCACAUUACCAAACGCUGCGUUUGCGGCUUCAUCGGGCAUACUGGUCGUCCAGUUCCUACUACUUCCCGGAGCUGAUCCAUCGAUUGCCCGUCACUGACUGCCCCCUGGCUCGCGCGCGCAGGGUUGGGGAUAGUUUCAGCGGAUAUGUGAUCCCUGGAACAGCCGAGCUCUCCGUCACCCCGGAUGACAAGCGACAACGAUGUAUCGUGAUCUAUGCGCACGGGGGCGGGUAUGCCCGUGGCGAGGCCCGAAUGUAUCUGAACUACAUGGAUCGAUGGCUCGCCGGUGCCGCAGAGGAGGGACUGGAACUUGUGUUUCUCAGCGUGGAAUAUCCGCCCCAGCCUGCUCAGCAACAGGCCUUUCUGCAAGCCUAUCAAUAUGUGCUGGGCUGUGGGAUAUCACCCAGCAACAUCGUGUUUAUGGGCGACUCGGCUGGCGGGGGUCUUUGCUUGCUGAGCUGCCUCGCAGCCAAGCAGAACGAUCUUCCCCAGCCGGCAGGCACUGUGCUAAUCUCACCGUGGAUGGACAUGUCGCUGAAGGCCUUUGAGGGAGGGAACGCCCUUGUUGAGACUGACUACAUUGUGGGCGCCAACGCGACCGUGCCCACAUUUGUCGACGCCUGGUUGGACGGCGAAAGUGGAAGCUCGCCCAAGGUCAAUGCGCUGUCCUGUGUGCCCGCUACAUUCAGUGGACUCGGUCCGGUUUUGGUUCUGGUUGGGGGGGGCGAGUUUGCUCUACAGGAGGGCAAAGAUCUGGCUGCUCUGCUCAGCAAGGCCGGGGUGCGACAUCAUCUUCAGGUAGAGUGGGGGCAGAUGCAUCUGUAUGGCUUGGGUUCGGCCUGGGUGGAUCCGAGCGUGCGCAGAAAGACGGAUGGAAUGAUUUACCGGUGGAUGCUGGAUUGCGUGUCUGAUGCAUAG